AUGGACGAAGUGACUUAUUCGGCUCAGAAAGCUAUUGAAUAUGAUAAGGCAUGUCGUUGGGAUGCCGCUAUUUACUUCUAUGUUGAUGCUGCAAAUUCAAUCCUGGAAUUAAUACGACAAGAAAAAAUUCCAGCUUCGUAUAAAGAUAAAGCAGAAGAAUACGUGAAACGUGCUGAAGUAAUCAGAUCACAGAGCACAUCGAAGUUAUCAACUAAUAUCAAAAGCCAACAGCAGCUGAAUCUUGAACGAGCAGAAUUUUUAUUAUAUCAAGCACUGGAUCAGGAUGAAGCAGGAAAUAUCGGUGAAGCCAUCACGUUGUAUUCUCUGGCUAUUGAGCUUUGCCUCAAUACUUCGAGCACAUUUUGUGAUGCCGCCAUGGCCGGAAAGUUACGCCAGUUGGCUGAGAAAGCUUUGGAUCGAGCAGAAGUCCUAAAAGCUCAAGAGAAACUGAAAAAAAGUCCUAAUAUAGUAUUGUCUGAAGCUCCUGUAGAUGGAAUAUCGGAUUUAACUAUAAACAUGUCCUUGGAGCAAUCGGUUGCUAACCCCAGUAGUAGUAAGAUUAUUAAGCGAAAAGCUGGAAAUAAUAACAAUGAUCGCCUCACUAAAUCCGAAUUGACAGUAUUGGCAGCAACAUCAAACGUUAACGGAAGGCAAUAUGUUCCCUUUUUGGAUGUCGAUCUAAAAGAACGUUUUGCUUAUCCGGUACCAUUUACUGAUAAACAUGGUUUGUUGGCUUUAUCUGAUAAACAAGUAGAACGGCUAAAAAGUUGGAUGCGUCCAGACAACUUCAUGCAAUCUCCUAAAGUAAUUCAGCAGAUCGAUAGUGGUACUAUUAAACAGUCAAUUGUCUCCGAUUGCUCUUUCGUAGCUUCAUUAGCCAUAUCAGCUCGAUAUGAAAGCCGUUUCAAGAAGCCAUUGGUGACAAGCAUAAUAUAUCCUCAAAAUAAAUUCGGCGUACCAUUAUAUAAUCCUUGUGGAAAAUAUAUGAUCAAGAUGCAUUUCAAUGGUGUUUGGAGAAAGGUCGUAAUCGACGAUCGAUUCCCCAUUGGAGAAUAUGGUGAUUUCCUGUGUUCAUAUAGCCAACAAAAGAAUGAAUUAUGGGUUUCGUUACUGGAAAAGGCUUACAUGAAGGUGAUGGGUGGGUAUGAUUUUCCAGGCUCAAACUCGUGUAUUGAUAUGCAUGCCUUAACAGGAUGGAUACCCGAAAGAAUAAGUAUUAAAACGGAUUGGUCUGAUAACGAUGCUGACGCUGUAUUCGAAAAACUUUUUACAAGAUAUCAUCAAGGCCAUUGUCUCAUUACACUGGCAACUGGUGAAAUGGAUCAGCCGACAAUUAAUCGAACUGGCUUAGUUGACAGACAUGCAUAUGCCGUGUUAGAUCUGAGGAAAAUUCAGGGCAAGCAGUUGUUAAUGCUGAAAAAUCCUUGGACACAUUUACGUUGGAAAGGACGUUACUCUGAAAAGGAUAAGCUCAGCUGGACACCACAACUUUGCAAAGCACUGAAUUACAAUCCUGCAGACGCACAGCAAUUUGAUGAUGGUGUAUUUUGGAUGGACUUUAAAUCGGUAUGUCAUUUCUUCGAGGUGUUUUACGUGAACUGGGAUCCUUCGAUAUUUCCACACACUUAUGGAAUACAUGCAAUGUGGUCAGCAGGUUUAGGGCCAGUGAAAGAUUUGUAUAGUAUAGCGGACAAUCCUCAGUACACAUUGGAAAUAAAUAGUAAUGGUUCUACUGCAGUAUGGAUUUUACUUACACGCCAUAUAACGGACAAAGUCAGAUUUUCAGAUUUUAGAUCCGAUCCAAAGCCAAUCAUGGAUGCAGUGCGAUUGAAUAGUCCCCACUAUUUAUGUCAGAUGAUUAUCUCUGAAUGUGGUUAUCAAAGAUAUACCCUAGUUGUUGCUCAAUAUGAAAAGAUGAAAACAAUAUAUUAUACAUUACGAGUAUAUUCUACAGCUGAAUUCUGUCUGCGAAAAAUGAAAGUGCCUUAUGUUUCAAAGAAAAAGGAAACUGGCGAAUGGAAAGGAAAAACAGCUGGUGGAUGUGGUAACGGUCAAAGUCGAGAAACUUAUAUGAACAACCCAAUAUAUCAAGUGAGUUUGGAUGACGGUAGCGAUGACAAUGAUGUACUUAUUGAAUUGAAAGGUCCAAAACAAUAUAACAUCGGUUUUGAAAUUAAGCAAUUUUCUUCAUCGAGGAAUAAACCAUUUGAAAGACGAAGUUCAGGAUCAUUCAGGCCGGGAUACACUGUGCUUGCUCUGGAAGCUGUACCGGCAGGUGUUUACAACAUUCAACCGAUGACAUUCCAGCAAGGCGAGGAAGGACCGUUUUUUUUGACGGUUGAAGCAUCCUGUUCUUUUACAAUCAAGCGAAUACAAUAA